AUGUUCUCCCGCAAGAAGCGCGAGCUGAUGAAAACGCCCUCGAUAUCUAAGAAGAGCCGGGCAGGGAGCCCGGUGCCGCAGACCCUGCCGGGCCUCUUCAUCGACGUGGAGCACAUCUCCCAGCUGCUGACGGACGUGGCCCGCUUCGCCGACGCCCUGGAGAACCUGCGCGACGUGGUGCUGCGCGACGAUCCCAAGGAGUCGCAGCGGCCGCAGGCCCACGAGUGCCUGGGGGAAACGCUGCGCGUCCUGCGCCAGGUCAUCAACAAGUACCCGCUGCUCAACACCCUGGAGAUCCUCACGGCCGCCGGGACCCUCAUCUCCAAAGUCAAGGGUUUCCACUAUGAAUCCAACAAUGAAGCGGACAAGAGGGAGUUCGAGAAGGCCGUGGAGACCAUCGCAGUGUCCUUCAGCAGCACCGUGUCCGAGUUCCUCAUGGGGGAGGUGGACAGCAGCACCAUCCUCUCCAUCCCGCCCAGCGACCAGAACCAGUCUAUGGAGAGUCUCUACGGAGGGAUCCCCGGGCCUGGAGGAGAUGGCCUGCCCCCCGGCAUGCAAAGCUACGACACAGCCCGCCCGCCCGCGGAGGAGGUGGAUGUCACACUGCAGCGGUGCGAGGGCGGAGUAGACGCUGCCCUCCAGUAUGCCAAAAACAUCUCCAAAUACAUGAAGGACCUCAUCGGCUACUUGGAGAAGAGGACCACGCUGGAAAUGGAGUUUGCCAAAGGGCUUCAGAAGAUGGCAAACAGCUGCAAGCAAACCAUCACCCAGGAGACCAGCAUGCCCUUCCUGUCGAUCUACUUGCUAGCCCUGGAGCAGGACAUGGAGUACGGGACGUCGGUCCUGCAAGCGGCCAACACUCUGCAGCAGCAAACCUUCCUGCAGCCGCUAGCAGUGAGACGCCUGGAGCACGAAAAGCGAAGGAAGGAGAUCAAGGAGCAGUGGCAUCGGGCACAGAGGAAGCUGCAAGAUGCAGAGAGCAACCUGCGCAAGGCCAAGCAGAUCUACAUGCAGCGCUGCGAGGAGCACGACAAGGCCAAGUACAUGGCGGUGAAAGCAGAGGAAGAGCAGCAGAACCCCACGAGCGGCAUCACCACCAAAACCCUGGACAAGAAGAGGCGACUGGAAGAGGAAGCCAAGAACAAGGCAGAUGAGGCGAUGGCCACGUAUCGCACCUGCAUCGCGGAUGCCAACACCCAGAAGCAGGAGCUGGAGGACACCAAGGUGAACGCCCUGCGGCAGAUCCACGAAGUGAUCAAGCAGAGCGACCAGAUCAUCAAAACGGCCACGAUCUCCUUCUACCAGAUCAUGCACAUGCAGACGGCUCCGCUGCCCGUCUACUUCCAGACGCUGUGCGAAAGCAGCAAGCUCUACGACCCGGGGCAGCAGUACGCGUCGCACGUGAGGCAGCUGCAGCGGGGCGACGAGCCCGACAUCCAGUACGACUUCGAGCCCUACGUGUCCCACAACGCCUGGUCCCCCUUUGUUCGGACUCGGAAAGGCAGCUUCAAUGCCAAUGACUUUACCACAAACGCCAGCUCUGACGGAGCUGGACUUCCCAAAGACGGGAACAUCUCCGACGCAGGGGCCAGGGGCAAGGAGCCGCAGAGCGGAGCUGACCGGAGAGGUGGGAGAGGACAUCAGGUUCAUAAAUCUUGGCCGACCACCAUCACCGAGGGGGACAGCAGCCUGGAUUCAAAUACAGGUGAAUUCAAGCUCCAGCGAUUGUCCUCCAACGGCACCAUGUCCUCCAGCGAGGAGCUGGAAGAGAAGGACGAGAACGCCGCCUCCUUUGAGCAGAGCAUCAACGGGAUCACCCCAGAAAUGAAUGUUCCAACAGGACCGUUCCGAAACGUUGGCUUAUCCAAGGCUGCCCAGACUCACCGGCUGAGGAAGCUCCGUGCCCCUUCCAAAUGUCGGGAAUGCAAUAGCUACGUUUACUUCCAGGGAGCAGAAUGCGAGGAGUGCUACCUCGCCUGCCACAAGAAGUGUCUGGAAACUUUGGCCAUCCAGUGCGGGCACAAGAAACUUCAAGGGAAGCUGCAGCUUUUUGGGCAAGACUUCACAAAGGCUUCUCAGAGCAGCUCGGAUGGAAUUCCCUUUAUCAUCAAGAAGUGCAUCUCCGAGAUCGAGAAGCGGGCACUGAAAACCAAGGGCAUCUAUCGAGUUAAUGGCGUAAAGACCCGUGUGGAAAAGCUUUGCCAGGCAUUUGAGAACGGGAAGGAGCUGGUGGAGUUAUCGCAGGCCUCCCCUCAUGAUAUCAGCAAUGUCCUGAAGCUCUAUCUGAGACAGCUGCCCGAGCCCCUCAUGCCCUUCCGCAUGUACAACGAGCUGGUGGGCCUGGCCAAGGAGAGUCUGCAGGGCGGCGAGGCCAAGGGCAGGAGCGGCAAGGGGGGCCCCGAGCUGCUGGACAGGGGGGCCGACACCGACAAGGUGGUUGUGACGCUGGUGAUGAAGCUGAAGGAGCUGCUCAAGGAGCUGCCCUGGGAGAACAUGGCCACGCUCCAGUACCUCCUGCAGCACCUGAGGAGGAUUGUGGAAGUGGAACAGGACAACAAGAUGACCUCGAGCAACCUGGGCAUCGUUUUUGGGCCAACACUCAUGCGCCCCAGACCCACAGACGCCACAAUCUCCUUGUCCUCGCUGGUGGACUAUCCCCACCAAGCCCGCAUCAUCGAGGCGCUCAUCAUCUUCUACUCGACCAUCUUCGAGAACAAGGACGCGGCGCUGCUGGUGGAUUCCGGCAAACGCGGCGCCGCGGCCGGCAGCUCCACCGCGGAGGACACAGACCCCCAGGCUGCAGCCCCCCACGCCAGCGCUGCCUACCUGGAUGCACCCGCGGAGAAGGAGGGCCUGGAUUACGGCGCGGACUCGUACGGAGAGCCUGGCGACCGCUCCGUUGAUUCCGACUCCGAGCUGGAAGACAGCGGGGAGCUGCUGGCUACGGCGGAGAGGAGCCAGCUCAGAAAACAGGGGAGCGAGACGAGCACCGACGAAACUCAGUUCUGCGAUGACGGCAGCGAGGGACAGCGCAGCCGAACCUGCAGCACGGGCCAGUCGGAUGCGGAGUACUCGGCUCCCCGCUGCCUCAGCCCCGCAGGAGAGGAGCAGAGCGACCUGGAAGAAUAUCCCGAAAGCGGCCGCUGCGCCGCGCACACGGACGGCAACACGAACCAGUCCAACAACGCGGCGCGGCCCAGGGAAGGUCUUGCCAGAGGAGCGCGGCUUGCGGAGUAG